AUGAGUCCAUCAGCAAAGAAACGGUCCAAGAGUGGAGUGGCUUCCAAGAUACAAGCUGAGGAACCACAGGACAUUAGGAGGCAUCCUGUCAACAAAACAAUUGAGCGGACCCGUCUGAAAACGGUAUUGAAAAACUUAUCCCUCUUGAAGCUCCUCAAGAGCCCAAACCCCCGGAUCCAAGAACUGUACAACCUGGCUAAAAGGUGUUGGUAUUCACUGUUUAGAGUCCCAAAGAUCCUCAUCAACUCUAGGGACAACAGCUGCAGUAGAAUGACACAAAAUAAAAAACUCCAGGAGGCUGAGUGCCCCAAGGAGAAACCAAAGUCCAAGAAAUUAGAGUACACAGAGGAACCCAAGGAGAUGAAGCUCAAGAAAGCAAAGGCCCAGGUGGGGUCGGAGUACAAGGCAAAGAGGUCACCUGAAGCAGUGCAGCAGAACGAGCAGAUGAGACUGGAGGUUCCCAGGACAUCUAGGAGCUGUUACCUAACCCCUGGGGCCAGGAGGAGCCAAGCAGCCACUAGAGGCCCCCAAGUGGUCUUCCUCAAGAACUACCACCUCAGAACUCCCACAGGGGACAUGAAGCAGGAGGAUGCAGCUGGCCAGUGGUUCUGGUUUGAGGGGCUGCCCACACGCAUCCACCUGCCAGGACCCCGAGUGAUGUGUAGAGCCUCCACCCUGCGCUCGGCCAAGCGCUGUUGCACCCGCUACUGCUCUGCAAAGCUGAAGCUGCCAAUGUGCCACCCGUGCAGGGCAUGA